UCCGGAAUUUACAUUCGAAACGAUUCAAAUUGCGCCUUUAAUAAAGUCAAAAUGCCGAGCGAACAUUCCGAUCCCACGGUUGUUGAGUGGAUCAAGCUCGUGGACGAGCGACGAGCCUUGCACAAACUCGAAAACAGGGUUCACAUCGGGCCGAUUCAGGUGAGCAGAAUUCAGAACAACCUGACCAAGGCGGAGGCCAGUUUCCUGGAGAACAGGGCCGACUACGCCACCCUUGCGAACGCCGCCCUCGACAUGGCCGGUUGUUACCAAAUCCUUGAGUCCAGCAGCAAAGCAGUCAACUCGAAAGUCGUCAGCAAGCUUGAAAUUUUUGACAGACGAGCUCAAGAAGAAAUCGAUAGGAUUGUCUGUUGCUCGUGACUGAGAAAUUACAUGCUGUGUUUUGAUUUAAGGCACUUUUUGAUCCAAUUCAAAUGUAUGUACUGUUUAUUUUCCAUUAUAAACACUUAUUAAUUAAUAUAAUAUAUUGUGUGUCCAAUUAAAGCCGCCUAUCUAUAUUGACAGAGCGUUUCCAACAUAAAUAAUGUUAAACCAUAUAAAUAUAAUGUAUUUCUUCCCAGUCUUUGUAAAAACAAAAAGCGGAAAACAUAUUUUAACCCCAAUUGUUUGUAAAAAAAUUUAUAAGAUGAAAUUAUUUAUUAUUAAAUUCGCUGUUUGAGAAUAUUUGAAGAUCUAAUAGACAUAUUAUUCUCCCUAUGAAUAAUAUGCAUAAAUUUGAGUAACAAGUUGAGGUGUGGUCCCCACCACAUAAAUGUGAAAAACGUCAGAUGCGAUUUCUAAAAAAAAAUAUUAAAUUUAAAUAAUAAAUAGAUGCCCCAGAAAUUGAGGAUUUGUACCCUAAUAUCUAAUCUAUUUCCUACAUAAAUACUCCAAACGAGAUUAUAUUAUUUCUUCGUUGUCUUUUCAUUACAAUU